UGCCGGCUGCACUUAGGCUGCUGACCUUCUGAGGGAGUCCUAAGUCCCGCCAGAGGCAGCGUCUUGAGUUGACAUUUGCUCUGAGCUCCAAAUAUGCUGGCGGGAUGGCGGCGCUGCUGGGAGCCCGGAGCCCCCUGCGGAGGGUGGCCAUCUUCGGCGGCACCCACGGAAACGAGCUCUCGGGGGUGCUCCUGGUGAAGCACUGGGAAGAACACGGGGCCGAGGUGCAGCGGGCCGGGCUGCAGGUGACGCCCUUUCUAGCCAACCCGCGGGCCGUGCGCGGGGGCUGCAGGUACAUCGACUGCGACCUGAACCGGGCCUUCGACUCCGCCCACCUGAGCCAGGAAGUGACCGAGGACUCUCCCUACGAAGUCCGCCGGGCCCAGGAGAUCCAGCGCCUGUUCGGGCCCAAGGGCGGCGCGGACGCCUACGACGUGAUCCUGGACCUGCACAACACCACGGCCAACAUGGGCUGCGCGCUGAUCCUGGAGGCGGCCGGCGACGACCUGCUGAUACAGAUGUUCCACUACGUGAAGAGCCGCCUGGCCCCCCUGCCCUGCUCCGUGUACCUCCUCGACCACCCCACUCUCAAGUACGGCACCACGCGCUCCGUGGCAAAGCACCCCGUGGGCAUCGAGGUCGGCCCCCAGCCUCACGGGGUGCUCAGAGCCGACAUUCUGGACCAGAUGAGGAGAGUGGUCGGACACGCCCUGGAUUUCAUCCAGCAUUUCAAUGAGGGAAGAGAAUUCCCUCCCUGUUCGCUGGAGGUUUACCAGGUCACAGAGAAAGUCGACUUCCCCCGGAAGAAGGAUGGGGAGAUCGCGGCCAUGAUCCACCCCAGCCUGCAGGACCAGGACUGGAAGCCGCUGAACCCCGGGGACCCCGUGUUCCUCACGCUGGACGGGGAGACCAUUCCUUUUGAGGGGCCCGGCCCGGUGUACCCCGUGUUUGUGAACGAGGCCGCCUACUAUGAGAAGGGAGAAGCCUUUGCCAAGACCCGCAAGGUGACGCUGACCGCCAGGAGCCUCAACUGCCCCGAGCCCUAGGCGGCCUCCAGGCCCCGGGGCGAGUCCCGGCCUGGCCUUGGGGGGCCCUCGCCCCGGGAGCCAGUGUUUGCUGGGGCGACUGGAGCUCUCGGCCUCCCGCUCUGCGCUGGGGCCGGCCUGGCGCUGCCUGCGGACGCGGGGUCUGGGGGGGGACGGGGCGCUAAUAAAAUGAUCCUCUCUGCUCCUGUG